UGCAAAUAGCUGUCUCAGAAAAAUGGCUAAUCCACUGAUUCCCAAAAUCAAGGGCAUUCCUACCAUCUUUGGUGAGGUCCUUGAGAGAAAUGUCACAUUUUGUGUGGACACCUCUGGAAGUAUGUACAAGAGCAUGGAUGUCGUAAAAGAACAUCUGAUUGAAACUUUAUUAAAACAGGCCAACAAGUCAACAAACUGCAUGUUCAACAUUAUCGAGUUUAAUUCAGACGUUACCCAGUGGUCGGACAAAAUGGUGAAGUGUACACCAGAGACUGUGGCUGUUGCUGCCAACUGGGUGAAAAAUCUUAGUGCUAAGACUGGAACCAACACCCAGGGGGCGUUGUUGACAGCUCUAUCAGACAGUAACUGUGAAGCCGUCUACUUAGUGACCGAUGGUCUCCCUGAUCAACAUCCACAAGACAUUUUGGAUCAGGUUGGAUUAUCCGGCCACAACCGCCCAAUCCACUGCAUAUAUUUGUGUUCUGAGGAUUCUCCAGAUGAGAUAGCGAUAGAAUUUUUGGAAGAUCUAGCCGUGGAGUCAUUUGGAUCCUUUCACAUAGUCACGCUCACUGUUCACGGAUGUGUCGAACGCAUCACACCCAUCUACCGUGCUGACCACGCUCAUGAGAGAAUAAUUAGAACAAUGAAUGGAACAAUCCACAAUUCCACCAAAAACUGUGGAGUAUCCACCACCCUGUUGGUGGACCCUGAAGAAAGCCUCCGAUUAACCCCACGUGUGUCCAUGCUCACCCAUCCCCUCCCUGUCUUUGACCCACUAUGUUACCCCUAUGGGGAAACCUGGAAACACUGGUUUUUCCACCCGUAUAGGUAUUAUUUUCCACAUGGAUGGAGCAGAUACAGACCUGCUAAGGGAUGGCUUAAGGCUCAAGACCAGAUGUUAAAUUCUGUUGAAUCUUCCAACGUUUCUCCAGCAGCAGGGGCCCUGCUGAUUGGAAAGAGAGUUUUAGCCAGAAGGAUUGAUGAUGGGUAUUUUUACAUGGGAACAGUUCAGAGUCAGAUUUUGUCAGAUAAAUUCCUGGUUGCAUUUGGUCCGUGCAAGCACGGGAAAUACACAGACACAAAAUACCAAGAUACGUUUAUAUUUGACAUCAUCGAUUAUGAGGACGCAAAACGACAUGCCAUUCAGACUGGGGACAAGGUGCUGGCUACCUGGGAGCCUGAGGGGGAGAGGUUCUGCCCAGGGGUGGUCAUUGAGGGGCAGGAGAGAAGACAGGUGGAUGGGCCUGAUGAUAGACAAAUUACUGUCACCUUUGCAAAUGGCAAAACUGAAAAAGUUCCUAUGGAUGUUGCCAUAUGGACUCCAGAACAAGUCUAUGAACGACUGACAUUGGAACUAAAAAUGCCAAAGGAAGCUAGGCUCUCCCUUCAGAAUCAGGAACCCAAUUACCCUAAGGAGAAUUUGGAUGGUUACCCCACAUCUGGACCCAGAGCUGACCCCUCAGAGUACCCUCCACCCCAUCCCUUUCAUUUCCAGCAUGACCCAGUUUUCAUGGAUUGUUACCCCUGGGGAAAUGGUUACAUUCCUGUCUAUCCCCAACUUCAAAGGCAACCUGAUGAAACUAUGUUACAAACAAGGUCAACAGUGAAGAGCGAGGAUAUUAAUAAACUUGUACCAGGCACCAGUAUCACGCAAAAGGAGCUGAACGACAGAGUUGUAUCUCAACUGAUGGAACACAAACUCCUCCUGGAUGAGAGACAAACAGAGAAAGACAACAAGGAAGUGGAGGAGGAAACAAGGAGGAAAGAGGAAGAGAGGAGGAAAGAGGAAGAGAGGAUAGUCAGACAGGAAAAAAUGAGAAUGAUGGAGAUGGAGAUGAGGAAGAGAGAGCAGGACAUGAGGGUCAGAGAGGAAGUGGAUAGAAGAAGAGCUGAAGAUGAGAUGUUAGCACAGAAACUCAGAGAUGAAUAUGAAAUGCAGAAGAGGGAAGCAGAGGCAGAAUAUCAGAGGAAGAAAGAGGAGGAAAUUCAAAGAAUGAGGGAGGCAGAGGAGUCACUGAGGAUAAAACAGGAGCAGGAAGGAAGUGCUAUGGAAGAGAGGAAAGUGGAAGAGAGGAAAGUGGAAGAAACAUUGAAGAGUGAAGUGGAGCAUUUAAAUCAAGAGAAGGAUAUAGAGAGAUCGAUCCUGGAAGACAGACGCAAAAUUUUAGAGAGAGAAAGGGACAAGCAUAGAAUGAGACUGGAAGAAAUUGAGCGAGAGAUUGAGGAAGAGAGGGUGAGGCUUCUGAGGAAGAGAGACAAACAGGAGGAAAAUAUGUUAAGGAAGUCUGUCACUUUUGAGGACCAGCUUAAUGAACAUGAUCUUGAAGUGGAUAAUGAGAGAAGGGUGUUAAAUGGGUCAAGGCCUCUUUCUGAUGAUGAAGAAAAAUACAGGGAGGAUUUUAAUUUUGACAAAUUUGUGAAUGAGAAAGGAUAUAGAUGCCACCAUUCAGCCUUUGCACCACCUAGAAAAUUAGUCAACUUCAUGAGGCGGCGCCCACGUUCAGCAGAGUCCCACAGGCCAGAGUGGAAAAAAUACUGGUCAACAAAUAGCAUCCCAGACAUAAUAGACCCACCCAACCAUGGAGCGUUCCGGGACACCGCACUUCAGGCCCCGCUAGAGGCCAGGGACCUCCGCAGAUAUCCUUAUGCUUGUGAGUGGACCUCUCCAGUAUAUAAAUAUGUAGAUCCAUACGCCAAGAGUAAGUGUACAUCUACAGUGGAACAAUUAAUGCGGACCCCCAAACCUCCAGAAGGAGGGUACCAGCCGGCCCCUCCCUUGGACAUUAGAGUGACUAGACCCAUGUCUGCUGAUGCAAAGGAGGCUGCAAGAAGAGAAUACAGAAGGGUAAAAGUAGCUCAAAGAAACCACAAAUGGAACGAGCGCCUCCGCAAUGAACAAUUAAUGAAGGAAAUCAUGCAAGAUAACCAUAGGGAACGGGUCUUAGCUCAAAUGGAGCGUGACCGUCAACGACUUAAAAAAGAAAAGGAAACAGUUGAACAAGCUCAAAAGGCAAAGAGAUAUGUUUCAGCAGAACUUAGGGCUAAGAUGGAGAAACGAGAACUCGAAAACAAGAAAAGGGAGCAGAACCGAAUUGAGGCAAUGCGUCAGAGGAGGGAACAAAGGGAGGCAGCAACCGCCGAGAAACAGGCCGAGGAGGAGAAAAUCGCAGAAAUGAGAAAGGAAGCUAGAAUACAGAGGUCCCAGCAGCGCUGGGAUAACGUCCACAGUAGACUGCAGCAAGAGGAGGCAGAGAACCAGGCACAAGGGGAGAGAAUUCGCAAUGCAAAAAUCAACCGGAUCGAACACUUCCAGAAGUUAGAGGCCGAGGGACAACAACGAAAGGAUGUCCGGAUUAAAGUGUCCGACCAGCAUCUGGCAUUACUAAGGUCGCAGGUACUGCCGUGAGAGGGCCAUGUGAUUAACUAGGACAUUGGAGCUUA